AUGGGCAACGCGGCGAGUUGGCUCGCGCAGUGCUUUUACCCGGAAGACCAGGUGUUCUGGGCGGCAGCGCACUACGGCGAUGCUCGCAUCAUUCGCUCGGCUGCGUCGCGCCUCACACCCGAGACGCGCAAGUUUCUGGAGUGGCAAGAGCCCUACACUGGCCGCACUGCGUUGCUUGAAGCUGCAGCCAAGGGCCAUGUCGAGUGCGCUCGUCUACUGAUUGAGACUGGGGCCAAUUGCAAUGCGAAGGACCUCAAAAUGAAUACACCAUUGCAUCUAGCAUGCAAACGAGCACAUCCCGAGAUGGUUAAGCUUCUACUCGAAGUUCCGGCGGUGAACCCAUUCGAGAUCAAUUUAUACAUGAAGACACCGCUGGACCUGGCCAGGAGCAGAUUCUCGAACGAGGAAGAAGAAAAGGAAGCACAACCGUAUGCCAAAUGCAUCGAAGUGCUGGAAAAGAAAUUCUGUCUGUACAGUGGCUGGCUGUACGUGAAGACCGACAAUGUGGUGUCCUUCGUGUCAGGUAUUUCGUCGCUUAACUCGUGGACACGUCGCUUGUGCAUCGUGUUGGAGCGUGGAGAGCCAGGGGUCCUGGAGCUGGCCCUCUUCAGCAUGAAACAAGGAGGUGGAGUGCGCCCAGUGUGCCCAACGUCCGUGAUGUUAUACAGCGUUGCGUCGGGAAUGGAAGCCUCUAAUGACCCGAGAUGGUUUAGCCGCAAAGACUUUACUUUUAUCGUGCGUGGUGAUCAGCUCAACAAAUGUCACUACAGAGCAAGCUCUGCUCUUCAGACUCCUGUGCACUUUGCUGCAAUCAACCAGGCGAGCUUCGAUGCAUGGAAGGACUUCUUUUUACACCAGCAACAGCAAUUAACUGAACGAACCCGGUCGAUUACUAAUCUCCGUGAACAGUUGAGGCUGCCAGAAGCCAUUCACGAUAACGUUGCAGGCUGGAAUCCCCAAUCUUAUCACCCGGAACCUUCACCGGCACUGCCACAAGAGACUGCGUCAUCAACUUCCGAGCGUAAACCUCCUGUGAUUAACUACGGAGAUACAGCAGCACACUCGUCCAUUGGCGAGUGUGUCAUCUGCUUCGACGGGCCUCAGUCAGCGGUGUGCGUGCCCUGUGGCCACAACGCUGUGUGCAUGAAGUGUGCAAAAGAGAUACUCACGACCUCGGCGGAAUGCCCCGUGUGCCGGACACACAUCCGUGAGCUAAUCAAGCUUUAUCGUGUUUAA